GCCAUGGCAAUCCCUGGCUUAGAGAGCACACGAUGCAAGGUGUCGUGGCAUUCGCUUUGGUCUCUCUUGUGCUGCCGCCCGCAUUCGUCGUAAGCAAGCUCGGCGCACCGGGAGGACCACUCAAGUAUCCGCGGGAAGAGUUCGACGUUAAAAAGGUGUUCGCAGCGUUCGAUGAUCUGGUAUCUAUAAGUGACGCAGACAACGACACAAUUUUCGAGUGCCUCUACGCGAAACGAACGGAGUUUAACCCGGAGACUUAUGAGACAACGUACGUCUGGUUCUUCCCGUCACAAGGGACAGAAGUUCCCUUCGACGUAAACCCAGGAAGCGAACCGGGGUUGGCCGAAAUGACGUUUCCGGGAGAGCCAACUCCAAAGGACGUCAUUGUCUACUACACGGACUACAAAAAGUGCCUUGUGAUCGAUGUGGAGUACCGAGGACAUCAAUGCACGCUCUGGGUUGUCAAGCAGCUAAAGGACAGCGUUCCACAAGACUGCAUCGAUCACUUCGUUGACACAUGUGGUGUUAUAGUACCGGAGCACAGCAGAGACCUGUGUCCUGAUGGCGAAGGCGACUACUAGUGGCGGG